AUGCACGCUAAUCAACGUAAAACAAAGGAAAUAGUUCAAACAGAUUUAAAUUAUAUAUUAACUGAUCUUGUACAAAAAGAAGUUGAAAAAAUUUCGAAAAUUAUUAAUGAUAAAUUAAAGAAUAAUAAUAAUCAACAACGUCAGACUUAUGCAUCAACGGAUUCAAUUGAUAUAAUUAAUGAUCUUAUUGAAAUUUGUGAAAAUUAUACUUCAUUCCGAAAAAUAUCUCAUGCACUUGACAUUAUUUCGAAAGAUUCUAUACUAAGAAAUAUACUUCAAAUGGUCAUAUGUCAUGGUAAUUUAGAAAUGCCUGAUCAAACGAUUCAAUCAAAAGAAUCAUCCAAUACAAAUAUGUUUAACACAAGCAAAAAAAUAUAUUCUAAUUCAUCUGAUUCAUCAUAUAAUGAUGUUAUAUUAGAAACAAAACCGAAAACAAAAACCAUCUGA